AAAAUAAAGGAAAUAAAAUAAAAAUAAUUAAAUCUGAUUAUAUUUAUUGAAGUAGAAAUUAUGAGUGCAAACAAAUAAUAAAUUUUAGCAGAAUUGAAAUAGAGAGAUCUAAAGUCAUAACAUGGAGGAAUAAGCCUCCUCUCUGUUAAUAGUAGAUAGCAAUAAAGAGAACCUAAUAACUAUAUAUAGAUGCAUGGUACCCCUGUUAGUUAGGUUUAAAGAGUUAUACCUAUUGUGCAAUACGUUACUACCAGCCCUCCACCAUUUGUUCCAUAGUUAAUUAAGCCAAUUUAAGAAAACUCUAAGCAACCUUUAGAUUAAAAUUUUUAAAGCCCUUCAAGGAAUAACAGUUCGUUCAAAAACAGUAUAAAAAAGGACUCCGGCUCUAAGAAUGUAUCCUUUUAUUUACCUAAUUCUGAUUAAUAUUAAGGAGAUUAACAAUAUCCCAUCUCAAAUAACAAGCAUAGUAAUAGCAACAGCAACAACAAUAGUAGUACUAAUAAUCUAAUAUUUUAAGAUAAUAAAUUAUAAAAUUCUUAAAAAAUAACUGCUUCGAAUGAAACAAGUCCAUAGAGAGUCGUUUAAUAAAGUUCAAGGAUAUAGUUAAUACAAAAUAAAUAAAAAGAAUUACCAUAAGCAGUUGAAAAUUAAUUUUUGAAGUCUGGAAAUGUAAAUGGUUUAAUUAGCGCAAGGUAAAGUUAGCAAAGCUUGAUAAAGAUUAUUCCAGCUCAAAAAAGUGUUGAAUAUAACUUAACUCCAUUAAGAUAGGUAGUUAGUGCGUUUAAUACUCCUAUAAGAAAAAGAGAAGAUCAUCUAAGUAUCUAGCAAGUCUAAGAAAGAAUUAAUGGAGGAGAAAAUGAAAAAACAAAGGAAAUCUUACUGUCAGCAGAUAAAGAGAGGUACAAAAUAUUUACAGACGAGCUACUAGAUUAAAGAGAAAAAGACUUAAAAAGGAGAAUAGAAAAUUUAGAGCUUUAGAGAAACCUAAUUGACGAUUAAUUAAAAUUCAAAGAAUAAUAAUUAGAAAAGGUUUCCUCAGAACAUUAAUAGUGUUCUUAAAGGAUACAGAAACUAGAAUAAACUUUGGUUGAUGUUUAUUAAGAAAAAGAGGAAAACGAAAAAAGACUUAAUAACAACAUAAAUUAAUUACAUUUAAUCAUUUAAAAUCUCUAUGAAUAAAAUAAUAAACUUUUACAAUAAUUUUAGUAAGCAAACAAUCCUCCACAAAUUCAAUAAGUGAAUCAAUGA